AAGUGCACGGCAUGCCCAUCAAAUGAAUACUUCCUUAAAGUAAACAAGGAAGCUAAAGGACUCGAAAGGAGACAGAACAUUGUCCACUAAAGCCAUAUAUGUAUGCGCUUUUUACUGUAAUGGCAAUAUUGAAACAGCCGGCUCUUUUAGGAUAUAUACGGAUGUGGGUACGGUUAUCUGCUAGACAUUAGCGGAUAUAUUGCAGAAACAUGGUUUGGUUAUCUUCAGAAAGUCUGGUGAUAUGUUUCUUCAUGACAGCUCAUGUGAUACCCGUUGAGUCGAGAUUGAAGCGUAUUAAGUCAACACAAUUGGAUGACAACGAGGGUGCAUUCCUUUCAUCCAAUAUUUUCGGCAACUCUGUUGAUUUAAGAUCAAAAAGAACACCAAAAGUUACGGGAUUCGAGCCGGGGGAUAAGGCGACAGAUUUCAAAGUGACAACCCUGGAUGGAGAAUUUGUUUACCCCCCUCCAACAGAAACGCAAGGGUCACUAAUAAUUCAUGCCUUUACCAACAAAUCAGGUUUUUUGGAAUGCAUGUGGAACUCAGAAUCGUCGCUAGUUAGCUUAGUUCAGGGACUACCCGAAACCACCCAAGUUCUCUUCUUGUCACUUGAUGACUCCAGCGUCAGUGACGCGCUAUGGAUGAGGGAACAAGUUCACGGCGUGGCGAUGAAAAGAAAAAAGGAGAUCUUGUCCAGGUUGCAUUUCUCUCCGGUGCCAGUAUUUGCUUUGGGCAACUGGAUUCCCAGUGUUCUGUACUCCUGGGGCUGUACAGGACACAACUGUGGUCUUUCUCAAGCUGUUUUCUCCUCCCCAUUGUGGAAGAUGCCUGUGAUUGUCAAGAGACUCGAUGCUAGAUAUGAUUGGUUAACGGGUCGCUGGGGGCAGAGGACAAACCAACUUAUUUACGCAGGCAACGGAUGUGAGCCUUCCCCUUCUGUCACAGGGGCUGUUGCCUGGGUGUCUGAGGGCAACUGCUCUUUUUUCACCAAGGUGCAGAACAUGGCCAAAUCCAAUGCGUCAGGUGUCCUUGUGUAUGCCCUUCGUGGUAGUCCGAUCAAGGAUAUGAACUGUGUGGCAGAUGAGUGUUUUGAACCAAUAGGCAUACCCGCUGCCAUGGUGCAUCUGGAGCCAUCAGUAGCCCAGGCCCUGUUACAUGGACAGCUGGUGAAUGUGUCUUUCCAGACGACCCCUUCCCCAAACUUCUUCUUUGGCAUUGACCAGCAGGGGUCUCUCUCUGAGAUGGGCUGGUUCCUCUACCCCACCUUCAAAUUCAUCAACUGGCAGGCACAAUGGCUUGACUACUACGAUAGUCUUCAGAAUCGACUGCAAAGCCCUGCGAAGGUGGUCUCGGUGUAUGAUAAGGCCCAAAUGCAGGGGGAGGAAGGCGCGGUCAUUACCUUGGACAUGCCAUCUGACAUGUUAGAUUUUGACAUGCUGGAGCUGGACACGUCUCUGUCCUGUCCUGGGCAGAGAGACAGCACCUGUGCCCACUGGGAUCACACUGUGCAGCUCUAUGUGUGCUGCGAUCAUUUUAGUCUCUACUGCAACAUGGAGUUGGGCCGCUGGAUAACACCGUUUCGCAGGGGAGCGGGACGGUGGCUCACUGACGUGUCCCCACUGCUGCCACUGUUGAACAGUGGGAGGUGUACAUUUACAAUGAAGACAGUGGCCUGGGCAAUGCCCUGGGUGGUUUCACUGAACCUUCGAUUUAGUCACAUCAAUCAAACAGGUAAUCCUCGAGACAAGCUUUAUCCUUUCAAACUGCUGUCAUUGUAUCGUGGGGGAACCUUUGACAAAAGCUACAACAAGAAAUAUGAGCCAAUAAAGUUCACUGUUCCUGCCUCCACCAAAAAGGUGGAGUUGUAUUCAGUGAUUACAGGCCACGGGAGUGAUGAGAAUGGCUGUGGGGAGUUCUGUGUGACAUCACACCACUUUUUGGUCAACGGAGUGUUCAACAACACCCGUAUAUUUGACUCUGCAGGUUCAGCACUGGGAUGUGCCAUGCGGGUGGGAGAGGGAGCUGUUCCCAAUGAGCAUGGCACAUGGCUAUAUGGGCGUGGAGGCUGGUGUGACGGACUACAAGUCAAUCCCUGGAGGAUCAACAUCACAAAUCAGGUGGACAUUAGUGGAUAUGAAGCCAACACCCUCUUGUACUUUGGUCUGUAUGGUGGAAAGGACCCAAAUCCUGCACGUGAUCCAGGCUAUAUCGUCAUGUUCUCGUAUCUUGUAUUCUACAAGUAAUCUCAUGUGAAACACUGAAUGAUGUGAAUGUAAAUUUAGUUGAAAUCUGUGUCAUUGUGAAUGUCAGCCAAUCGUAAGCAAAUAUUCAUUUUCAAAUCUGACUUGGAGACUUACUUUUUUUUCUGUAGUU